UUCUUCAAUUUAAAUUUUUCCUCAAAAUGGCCAGCAACAACAAAAAUUCUCCUCAAGCACAAGCUUUACAAGCAGUUGCCGAUUUGGAAAUUGAAAUGAUGACAGACACAUAUAGAAGAAUGACUCAAAGUUGUCAAUCAAAGUGUAUAAAUACUUCGUAUCGAGAAUCUGAACUUUUGAAAGGCGAAGCAGUCUGUCUCGACCGUUGUUUAGCCAAAUAUUUGGAUGUUCACGAUCGACUGGGAAAAUUACUUAUGCAAAUGACUCAACAGGACGACAAAGCACAGCAACAACAACAGCAAAGUUUAGCGGCUACAGCACAGAAAAUGCAUGGGAAAUAG